CUCCCCCACAUCUGGCGGCUUUGUCUGUAGCUUCAUGUCGAGCGUUCGUGACGCUCUUUUCUUGCGGGCAGACCUUCCAAAUCUCGUCUCGAACCUCCAGGGUGAGACCUGAUACGGAAUAUGUCUCUGCUGAUCAGCAUAUGUCUGUAAUUGGCAGCUCCUCAUCCAUCUAUUACCGCCUGCAUAUUGCAUGAUCCCAACAGAGUUAACUACAUUCCUUGAUUCAACUCUCAUUUACCGUCUUACAAGACUGUUAGUUUUACCGCUGGUAUCCGUUGCUAAAACAUCAACGGUCGGGUGAUUCUUGCAGCUUCCUCAUACCCAACAACAUCAUCAACAUCAACAAACAAACAAGGGAAUACAAACCGUGGGCGUCCUAUUAGUGUAUUGUUUCUUCCACAACUCAUAUCGAUACUAUGGCCGAGUCCAGUACGUGUGCGCAGUACAGAGUUAGCUCUGAUCUAGCUCCGUUGUCAGAUGACGAGUCCAUUUCCUCCAGUGCUAGUACGACUUCAGCGGGGUCUGAGGAACAGACGGUGGGCAUGGAGGGGUCGACACAAGUUACGAUGACGGAGUCGAAGGAUUAUAGUCUCCGGCAGGCUGUUUCUUUGACGGAUAAUGAUCAUGAUCAUGAUAACGAGAAGAAAGUCGUUCACAAUGAUUUUGCGAUUCCCUCGACCUUAUCUACGGGUAGGGACUCGAAGCCUCUGCAUUUACUUGAUUUGCCUAUGGAUAUUCUGAAAGAUAUUAUUAAAGAGGUGACACACACUAAUGAUUUGACGUCGCUGGCUCUGACGUGUUCCGCUCUUCAUUCUUUGGCCAUUCCUCAUAUGUAUUCUCGAUUUGACAUCGUAUGGCCCGAUACACUAUCAUCCUCCGACCAUCCCGUCGGGGUGGAUGCUCUCUCCUACGGCCUCGCAACCUUGGUGCUGGGUGAAGAUAUCUUCCACCAACUGCCUCCUUCUUACCGACCGGUCAGCCCAUGCCCACAUUGUGGAUGUAAUGAUCAUCAACAUCACUUUGCUUCGAGUUCGUCUGAGACGAAUGGCGUACCUCGUAUACGGCGGGGAAAUUAUUAUGCCCAAUAUACACGCAAGUUUUCGGUGGGAAAUGGCCCGUUGAUCUGGGUCCAGGAGUACUCCGUGACGAAGGAGACAGGGAAGAUGCUCGGGACAUUGGUUGCACUAGCUAUCGCUAGGAUGAUCAACCUGGAGACCUUCGUCUGGGACAUGCCGACUGGAGUAUUGAGGGAUGUGUGGAUUGCGCUUUCUUCGCUUGCAAACCGACCGGGGCAUGAAUGCCGUCUGGAACGUGUCUGGGUCCGAUGGCAUGAUAAUUCCGAAAAUGCCCAUCGCUGUUUGUCUGGUAUCCCAGCAGCAGCGGUCUCUACGUUGGCGCUUUCGGGCGCUGGAUCCUUAGCUUCCUCUAUGGCUGUGCCGCCCUUGGCUCAGAAGUACGGGCACGUCGAAUAUCCUUCUCUGUCUAUAUUACCUCCUCUCAAGAGUUUGACUGUCCUAGACAUUGAUGAACCGUCGUAUCUCGAGGAGAUGGCUGUGCUCAUUGAUCGUUCCCGAGAUCGGUUAAAGGAGUUACGCAUUGGUAUAUCUUCAAAAGUGUACCAGGCAGACUGGCUGAAACCACUAGGUGACGGGCCAUCUGAACAAGAUUCCUCUGUCAACAUUUCAACCGGGUGGCCUAGAGUUGGUGGCGUGCUUGGAAUGUUGACGAACAAGCCUGAUACCCCCUCGUGCCCGAGUUCAACAACUGGAGACUCGCCGUCAAGAUCUCAAGACCCAAUUAAUGAUGCUACCGAUAGUCAAAUUCUGCAACAGAUAAAUGAUCUGGUUCUGUCGGCAGGAGAUUCGGUACAAAACUCGUCAACUACAGGUGAAGAACCCGAUGUUGUGAAUACUCCUGAUUCAGCAAGUACAGCUCCACAUCCAUCGAUCGACCUUUCCGAUAACAAACAUUCAUCACAAAGUCCAAGCAGGCCCUUGGAAAAACCAUAUUCUCAUGUGUCGGAUUCUAGUACUGAAAAUCAACAGCAGAAGCUGAAACUGGAGAUCCUAGAACUGGAGCGUGUUGCUCUUUCGAUCCCAGCUGUUUUGCAGGUUUUUGAUUGGACCCGAAUUACUACGCUUACUAUUCUUCGCUGUGAAGGACAUGAGAAGCUAUGGAGAGCUCUUCGCCGCCAAUACACCCCCUCUAGUUUGAGCCGGUCUUCUAGGUAUAAGGGCAGUAACUCUCCGCCCGAGUUUCCUUUGAAGAUCAAGCAUCUGCAUACUGAUACGGUUUCUCCUUAUCUUCUGUUGUUUAUCAAGGAUGCAAUUGCGCCAAAUACACUGGAAAGUUUGUUUUUGCACGAGGCUCCCAUGUACGAUUCUAUCGUUCACAUUGAUGCGAUUUACCGGAAUGUGCUUCGCAAGCAUAGGAUGAGUUUGAGAAAGGUUCUCAUUGACAGCACCGAGCGUUCCUCGAACGGGACUGAGAUGAGCACCAAUCGUUGGCGCAAGUGGAUGCUCAAUCGGGAGAUGAUCUCUUUUAUUACCAGUGGACGCAUGCCUCGGCUCCGUGAGCUUUCCAUGGCCAUGCACUCAACGGACUGGCACCUCUUCCUACAAAGACUACCAUAUAUACCUCAUCUUCGCGCUCUACACAUACCCAAAAUGGGUCACAUGUAUCGGGAUCCAAAAGAACUUGCCCUUCAGGUGCUGGAUAUUGUCACCAUACGACCUGAGGUCGGAAUUGGCUACGUAGGAAUCACGUCGAAAUGCUUCGAAAUACUUGAGGGUAAACGCGGUGAUAAAGACGAGUACUUUGUUGACGCGGAUGACACGCAUAGUGAUGCAUUUGCUCCACCUGGUAACGGCUGGGCAGGGUCCGAUAUUGAUGACGAUGAUUCCAAUGACGACGGUGAGGACAACAGUCUGGAUUCAGUCUCGGAAUUAUCUGACGACCAAGCAUCCUCGGAUGAAGACGAGACCGGGUCUGACAGUAGCAGAUCGCAGGCUAUCUUUCGACUACGGGAGAUUCUAUUCUAUGAUGACAAGAUAUCCAUCUUUAAAGCGCGGCAUGGGACUUUGUGAAGCUGUCCAUGACAUUACGCAUUUUUAUUGAUUCGUUCUUUUUUUCUUCCUAACUGGCGUUGGCGGUUUGCUUUUGUUCUCCUCGAGAUACCAUUUAGCGAACGGUUGAAUAGAGAUGAUUAGCAUAACAAUCUAUCCGUACCUUGAGCUUG